AUGGGCGACAGCGGCGGUCCGCUCGUCACGCUGGAGAACAGCAAGUACGCCCUGAUCGGCGUCGUCUCGUUCGCGGGGUACGAGGCGUACCUGCGCCGCCGCCGCGACAACGUCACCAUGUUCGGGGGCGAUGUGGAGCGACUGCACGUGAUGACCGUCAACUACGACAAUCACCGGCUCGGCCUGUCGUCCAGCCACGACGGCCUGGCGGCGCUGCUGCGGUCGCCGCGUACUGUGAUCCUGUACCCGGGUCCUGAGGCGGCGGACGUGACGUCACUGCCGCCGGCCGCCGCCUCCGAGCCGCCCUACAACGUGCUGCUGCUGGACGGCACCUGGCGGCAGGCCAAGACCAUGUACACGAUGAGUCCGGCUCUGCACGGUGUUCGUCAGGUGCAGGUGAGCGGCCGCCUCUGCAGCAGCUACGUGGUGCGGACCCAGCCGACCAACGCCUGUCUCAGCACGGUGGAGGCGGCCGCCGCCUGUCUGCAGCACCUGGAGCAGCGGCCGCAGCUGGGGCCGCAGCUGCUGCAGCCGCUGCACGCGCUCUGUCGCGUGCAGCUCAGCCACGGCGCCGUGCGGCACAGCAGCAAGCAGGCGCUGAUCGAGCGCGGCGAAUACGAGCGGCAGCGCGGCGCGCGGACCAAUCGCAUGUUUCGCCAGCUGGGAGUGGUGUUGUGACGCCGGCGGCAUCUAUCGGUGACGCGGGGAAGCUGAAGUGCGAUGGUGGAUCGUGUGGAUCGAGCCUAUUCGUGGCCUGAUUGGUCCGGAUCUGAACGGGAGAUCAUUUGUCACGCUUUGAAGUGCAGUACUGCAAGGUCCGAUACGGUUUCUUGGCUCGUUGACUGCAAGUUCAUGCUGUGUCGUGGAAUUAGCAAGCAUGUAACUGGA